AAUACCAGAUCUUGAAGCAGAGCAAACAGAAUCACUCAUAGGAAUAAAUAGCGGCGAACACGAAGCUUAACUCGACAAUAAUGAAAAAGAUAUGUAAUAAAUGUGUUUUGUUCCAGGAAUUACUUUUACAAAUGCUUUGAAAAAAGUGGAAAGUAUUGAAAUGCAUGACUGCUUCAAUAUGGCAUAUCAGGAUAAUGCAAAUGCUCUGCAAUUACACAUAAAAAUAAACAGUGAAAAUUUAUUGCCAGUUUCACAAAAGUACAAUGCUGGAUCAUUACGUAUACCAGCUGAUCCUUCUUGGCCUAAAAUACCGCAACGUAAAUUAACUAAUGAUGGUGAUACUAUUGACCCUCCAUGUAUAGUCAAAUUAAAUGGAACUCCUAGGAAUCGUACUAUAGUUCAAACGUCGUUAAGUCAAUCUCCUAAAUCUACAGUAACUAAAGAUAGUGCAUACUCUUCUUUUCAUCAUCAGAAAACUACUUCAAGUAUGUACACUUUGAGGAAAUUUCCUGGUUACGUCGAUCCUCGUUUUAAAAACAGAGUGACAAAUAUUAAGAAGAAUCAAGUUACAUCAACUGAAUCAUUACAGAAAGAAGUGGAUCAAUCUAAUAUUACUACUUUUACAGAACAUCUACAUACAGAAGAAACAGAAAAAUUAAUGCCUGAGAGGGAAAAAACUAAAAUAGAGAAAGGACAAAAGCUUCAUGAAGAAAAAGAAAUUAAAUCAACACAAAAUUAUAAGGCAAAUCAUAUCCUUGAUAUUAAUAAAGAAUUACUAUUAGAAAAAACUCAUUGCACAAAAAACUCAGAAUUAAAAAGACAAGAUUAUAUUUCAGAAGGUGGCAAUAAAAAUGAAAUUACAGGAAAAGAUGAAUGUGUGAAGAAUGUGAACUCUUUUGAACAUAUAUCAAAAUCGAUAGUUAAUGAUGCAAAUACUCAGGUGGACAUCACUUCUAUGCCAGUACAAGAAAGUAAUGGGCAGUUGUUUUUUGUGUUAGACAAAAAACUGCAAUCACAUCCUCUAAGUGCAAUUACUGUUCCUCAAGAAUAUGUAAAUCAGUGCUAUAAUGUACAACUUCCAAUUCUCGCAAUGCAAGUAUCUACUACAGGAACAAGUAAUGUGAUACAACAAUGUAUAAAUCAUUCGGAAUACCAGAACCAAACCAAAACUUCACCUUUAAUGAAGGAAGAAUCUGAGCACCAUAUUCAUUCAAACCAGGCACAGAAUAAAAGCAAAUCCCUCAUUAACAAUAUUAAAGAAAAGGAUAUCUAUGAGAGAAAAAACACAUUAGCGGUACAAAGUAAAGAAGAAAAUAGAAAAAGUUGUUUCACACCAGACUUUCCAGAAAAUUCAGCUGUUUCUGAAAAAUUGCCAAAUUUAAAUAUUCAGAAAGAACAACAAGAAUCUAGCGAUUCCGAAUAUUAUAUUCCCGAUAUAAAUAAAAGAAACAUACAUAAUAAUGUUUUCCAGUGUUUAAAAAUGAGAAAAAUGACAUGUGAUGCAAGUGGUGAAGAAACAACAGAUUCUGAAGUUAUUAGAAAAAGAAUUAUAUUUAAAAAAGAAUUUAUUGAUACAAAUGAAUCCACAAAGAAAGGUAAUAAUAUUAAUACUGACGCUAUACAUGAUAAUAUCAAAGCUUUAGCUCACAAUCAUGAUAAAGUAAAUUAUAUAUCAAAAAAUACUGAUCAAAAUCAAUCUUUAUAUCAAAAUUACAAAAUCGGUAUCUGUGAGACAAAAGGUAGAAAUAAAUCCGAGCAAUAUUUAUCUUCUAAAAAAAAUGGAUGUACCAGGAAACUUUGUCGCAAUUCAGAACCAUAUAUCACAUUUAAGCAAAAAAAGACAUCAGCAAAAUUUUCUAGGAAAGCUAGAUCUUAUUUUCAAAAGAAUUCUCAUUCAGCAUUAGUAGAUUCUGAUUAUACUUUAGUAUGGCCUAAUUGUCAAUAUAGCAAAUACAAACGCAAUCAUACAAAUAUUCAUAAAUUCAGUAAGUAUAAGGCAAGAAAUAUGACUCAACAUUUUUAUUCUGUUCCUACACACAAACUAAAUACGAAUACACAAAUUAGUAAUGUCUCGAAUCUUAUUGAACAAAAUUAUUUGCAAAGCAAUAAACAUAUAGAUUCAAGGGAAGAAGUUACUAAAAGUUUAUCACGGGCAUGUUUGCUAAGAGAACAUUACAAGUAUGAAAUUUCUCCAAGAUCAAAUACAGAUGAUAAAUUUGAAAGAUCAAAAGGUAUUUCACCAAAAACCCAAGAAUUGCUAAAUAAAAGUUACUGGGAGUAUUAUAACAAAUUGAGACACAAAAUAAAGAAUACAAGUAGUAUAGAACAGCAAUAUUCAUAUAAUUUAACAAUGGAUACACCUGAAGAAAGAAAUAAAGGGAAAGUAAAUGAAGUAUAUGAUCAGGAAUUAAGAGGUCAAUUAGAAGUAAAUCCUGAACUUCAAACGUUAAAACAAUGCACAGCUCUUUCUACUAUGAUUAAUAAAGCAUUAGACUCGAAUCUUGAAUCAAAUAUUGUGCAAACAGAACAAUUAUACAUAAAUGAUAAUAUGAAAACAUCAUUAAAUCAUAUAGUCAGUGCGCAAAAUUCUAAUACAAAGAAGAUUUCACAUUUAACUACAGAUGAAUCUGUUACUAAUAAAGUAAGAUGUAAUGGAUAUAAAACGAAUGAUAAAAAAUUUUUGGAACUUAAAUCCAUUAUUUUUUUUGGUGGUAUGAUGUAUAUUCUAAUAAUAUUUUUACCAAUGUUGUAUGACUAUUUUUAUUACGAAGAAUAUGAUGACUACUAUGAAAAUUUAAGUUAUUUGGAACUGGUAGUGGAAUAUAUUUUCUCUUCAUUUAAAGAAGCAUUUGGAGGUGUAUUCAAUGGUUUAAAACAAAUUUUUUUUUAUCCACAUGCAUGUAAGAAAUGCACCAAUAUCACAUAAAAUUAACGAUGGUCCCCGCAUUACGUGCAAGUUUAAAAGUACAUAUUUUACUACUGUUUGUUCUUUGCAUAUUGAUUAGUAUUUAUUUUUGUAUUAGACAAGUAUUUUUAUAAUUAAUUCUCUGUGUAAAUGGUUCGCAAUUUGUAUAUGCAUAUUUACAAUUAAAAUGUCAUCUGAAGACUA